AUGAGCUCCGACGACGCCUCGCCGCAGGCCGGACAGCAGUAUAACAGCAAUUCCUCAAACGACUCCCCCGAGCCCUCUCUGGCCACAACCCCGCGAUCGCGAAAUACAACAGGGUCCAACUCCGACCAGACAGCCUGGACAAAAAGGGUCGCGACUACAGUGAACGAGCGAGUGGAGAACCACUACGUGCUGACAGAACGACCCCCGACCCAAGAGGAAUUCGAUGCGAUUGUUGAGCACGGAACGCAAUGCUUGUACCACGGACGGAUGGGCAUACCUAUCAGCUCAUUCCUCGGAACAGCAUUGCUCUACCGCCAAGCACGCAAGUCACCAUUAUUCCCACGCGAUCCCACACCAGCUGCACUGCUCAGCACGUUACGCACCAUGUGGGCCGAUUCCGCCCUCAGAGGCAACUUCGGAUCAGCGGCAUUUAAAAUGAUCUUCAUCAUGACUCUCGGCAGCAUGGCAUCGAGCGCUUAUGCCGUUUCCCAAGAUGCUAUGCACAUGUUGACGGACCCGCGAUUGAAAGGGUUUAUCGAGGACAUGCGCAAGGCGAAACCAGAGGACGUGCGAAAGCGCAAGAUCCAGGCUGCUAAUGAGCGUCUUCGCAGCAUGCGCAGUGGUGAGCAAGAUGUCGGCUCCAAAAUCAUGGGCACGACUGGUGGAUAUGCCGGCGGCGAGGAGUACCAACUGGAGCAAGUGUCUGAUUCUUCUCCGCAACCAAAUUCUUACUCUGAAUACGUGGACUCAAAUGAUACCAAGGGGAAUUCUCAGUCUGCUUCAUAUGAGUCCCCUACGUCGGGUUUGAAUGCUGGUGCGAUAUGGGCACGCGGUAGGAAUACCCAGCCCGAGUCAAAAUCGGCCUUGGACUUCAUGGAUGAGGACGAUGCUAGCCCCACAGCUGCGGAGUACCGGAAUACAAACAUUGAUGGAUCGCCGACUACUGGUAGUGCUUGGGACCGGAUUAGACGACAGAAUGCCGCACCACGCCAGCCUCGACAGCAGUCCGGCAUGUCACAACCUUUACCGAACCCUUACUCUUCCUCUGCCGAGUUUGGCCAGAGUGACCAAGAAAAGUAUGACACCACCCAGAAGACUGAGAGGGAUCUAGCACAGGCAGAGUUUGAUCGGAUGGUUGAGGCAGAGAGGAACGCUGGUAGCGAAGGAUCACCUCGAAACCGAGGUUGGGGAUCUUGA